AUCUUCUCUUUUAACACUUAUGUAGAAAAAAGAAAGUCAUUUUAGAUCUAGAAAUUUUCUUCACCAAAAUCCAUGUUUUCUCUCUUCCUUAACAAAACAUGGAAGGAAGUCCUGGAGAAUCCGUUGAUUAUGGUGAUGAAGAGGACAACACUUUUAAUGAAAGUGAUGAAAUAAAACCUCCUUUGGUAGGGAUGAUUUUUGAUGAGCAUGAAGAAAUGUUUCAAUUUUACAAAGAGUAUGCUAGAAAAUUUGGAUUUCCAGUGCAGAAAAGAUCAAAAAGGACCAACGUUAACAGUAUUACAAGAAGUGUGACUUUUGCUUGUUGAAAAUCCGGUGAGCAUGAAAGCCGAACUCAAAAUCAAACGAAGCCACAGGAGACAGUUAAAAGUGGGUGUACUGCUUCGAUUACUGGGAGAAGGCAAGCAAGCGAUAAUAAAUGGUAUAUUUCAGUGGUACGUCUUGAGCAUAAUCACGAGUGCAACCCCGAUGAUGCUCGUUUUUUAGUUGUCACUGAAUACCCAAUGGACAGCUUUGAAAAGCAUCCCAUUGUCACUGAAUACCCAAUGGAGAAACAGGUUCGUAACUUGUAUACUAACUCAAAAUUCCGAGAAUUUCAAGUACAAUUGUUAAAGAUGAUGUAUUGUAACUUCAACAAGAUUGAGGUAAAUCCCGAUGGUAAAGUCUACGAUGUCCAACAAGACAUAUGGAUUGAGAAUAAUUUUUAUAAGAAAGUGACUUUUUAUAAGAAAAUGACUUUUUUUGUUACAUAUAACAAAGAAGAUUGUGAUGUUCAUUGUACAUGUCAGAUGUUUGUAUUUAGAGGAAUACAAUGCUACCAUGUGUUAAGCCUAUUGUCUAAUAAUGGUGUGAAAGAACUCCCAGACAAAUAUAUAUUGAGACGAUGGCGAAAGGAUGUGAAAAGAUGUUAUACAAAGGUGAAAGUGGGUUUUAGUUGUUGGAAAAAUGAUGAUGCAAAUACCGAAUACUAUGAUUUUUGCAAUAAAUUUGGUGAGCUUGCAGAUUGGGUUGCGGGUACUAGUCAAUACCGUGAUGUUGAUGAUUGGUUAGAUUGUAAGAAGAAGGAAGUGCAACAAAUAUUUAUCAAACUAAAAGAAAGCGACAAACUUAAAGAAAUUCAGCUUGAGGUGUCGGAAGCGGUAGAUGGAAAUGUUGAGUAUGGAGUAGGUGAUAACGUUGUUAUUACUGUGAAUGACCCGUCACGAAAAGACACGAUUAGGUCGAACACGUAAGACAGUACACCAACCAA